AUGGGUUCUCUAUCUUACACUUUAUUAUUGUUUUUUGUUUUUGUAAUAUAUAGUAAUAAUAAUAUUUUAUUUUCAAAUGGUGAAGUUUUAAAUGAAACCGAAUAUAAUUGUGCAUAUAAUAUUAUUAACCGAUAUUUCCCAGUACAUGAGGAUAAAUUAAAUUAUUUUAAAUAUGAUAACGUAACGGGAAAAUAUGAUUUUUGCACCUCAUUGUCCUAUCAAAAAGCUUCUUUCAACUGUGUAUACCAGCAAGUUACUUCAAUUAUAUUAAAACUUUCAACUGUUCCAGAUUUACCAUUAACCAGUUCAGAUUUUAGCUGUUUUAGUAAUAUUUAUAGUUUUUCAUUUGAAAAACUAAGAUUUGAGGAUAAUUUCAUAAAUAAUGCUUUUACUACUGGCCGAUCCAUAUCAUUUUCAUCACUUGACAGUCCAACAAUUUUAAACUUUGGGACUGGUACUUUCAAAAAUUUUAAUCAAUUUUAUAUCGGAGCUCUAUAUCCAAAUAUUAGCAAAACAUAUUCUUUAUCACAAGUUGCACAAGUUAAUAAUUUUUUUAUUAUUUUACAAUUAGAUCAAAGAGAAUUUGGUAGCUCUGAUAUAGAUUUCAUAGAGUAUACCAAUGAUGUCUCAACUGAUCCAAAAACCAAAAUUUUUAUUUCACCUGUUUCUGUUCUUCCAGAUUUAAGUAGAUUUACUUUAAAUUCAUGUACACUUUAUUUAUAUCCAAAUUUCCAAGUUGACUCCUUUUCUAAAUUAUCAACAUAUACAAAUAUUAAAUCUCUCUCGAUAACAAGUUACUCAUCACCGUUAUUGGCAUUUCCAGAAUUUCCAUCUAAUAACGUUUUUAAUAGUUUCUCUUUAGGUUCAAAAUUUCUUAAACCAAAUAGUUUAAUUAGUUUAGCUAGUUUCCAAAGUGCAUCCGAAAUUUCUUUUUCUCUUGUGGGAAGAGAUUUUCAUAUUGACCAAAAAGUUCCAUUUACCGACUUCCCAUCAAGAUAUUCAUCUUUUUCAUUUUCAAAUGGAAAUAUUAAAAAUAUUCCGCCAUAUGACUCAUUUGGUUCAAACAUUACCAAAAUCAUUUUAGCAGAUAAUUUAAUGACUGGUGGACUCCCAGUAUAUAAAAAAGAAUAUGGAUUAAAAACAUUGAGUUUGAUUCAUAAUCAAUUAACUGGAACCAUAGAUAAAUCAUAUUGUAUGAUCGAAAAUUUUUUUUUUAUGAACAAUAGUUUCAGUGGUGAAGUUCCAUCAUGUUUUACUUGCCAUUCCGACAUUUUAGGUGAUUUAAGUUUAAUGUUUAACAAUUUUACCAAUGUAUCACCAAAACCACCUUGCACCACGAUAAUUUUAAAUGCCGAAACUUUAGGUGGAGGAAAUUAUAUUUUAUAUGGUGAGGAUAUUGGAUUCAGUGCAUCAAAUUUCAAAGUUUAUUCAGAUGGCUCUAGUGUCGCAAUUUCAAAAUCAAUUUCUAUUCUUCCAAAUAAUUUAAUUCAAUUCCAAACAACUUUAAGCAAUUAUACAUCCUUUACCAUAAAUUAUAUAAACACUGUACCACCCAUAUAUAUUGAUGUUGUAGUUAAUAAUCAAAUUGCUCCUGAGAUUGAAAAUAUUAUAAACAACGAUAAUGAAGGAUCAUUCACAUUGCAAGGAAGAUAUUUUUCAAACAAUAGAAGUGCUCUCUAUGUUCAAAUUGGUGGUAAUGAUUGUAAUAUUCAAACAUCAACAUUUUCUCAAAUUAAUUGCCAUGUUGCCAACUAUGAUGGUCUUAGCAGAAAUUUAACAGUAUUUGUUAAAAUGGUAGAUCAAGUCUCUGGCAUAAUGUUAGAUCCAGUAUCGACAAAUGACCACUAUGCUUCAUCCAUUUACAUUGCUAAACCAGAUACCGAUAAUAAAAGUAUUGCUACCAUUAAAGGUUGGUUUGGUGAUACCCAUCAGGGUUUGUCUAUUGCCAUUGGUGAUAAAAAAUGUGAUCCCCAAGAAAAUAAUAGUACAACCAUUAUCUGUACAUUUAAUUAUGGCGGUUCAGGUAUAGUUUCAUUAAACAUCACUCAGAAUCAAAAGGUGUGGAUCGGCAAAGACUAUUAUUCAUAUCCAUUGCAAACAAAGCCAUGUCCAAAUGGUUGCUCAAAAAAUGGUGUAUGUUCUAAAGGUGAAUGCCAAUGUUAUGAUGGUUAUUUCGGAUUUGAUUGUGCUUCAAAAACUACCGAUGAUAAUGAAUUACCAAAAUCAAAUCUAACAGUAGGUGAGGAUUCAGGUUCCAUCUCAAUCAAUAAUCAAAAAACCAAUUUCGAUAUCUCUAUUGUCCGAUUACUCGAAACUGACUUAAUUGGUAAUGUAGUAAGAAAUUUUUCACUAAAAACCAACUGGGAUACUGAAAAGAAUGAAAAUCAAAAUACUUGGAAAUUCUCUCAAGUUUUAUUUGACAAUUCAUCCAUUGUAUACUAUGUAGAAAAAUCAGACUCGAGAAAACCAAUGUCCUUUGCCGGUGUAGAUUUUACAUUAGAAAAAGACUCUGUUAAAACUAGAGUAGAAAUUACCAAUUACAAGUACCAAAGCACAUUAAACACAUUGCAAUUAAUUUUAGAAUCAUCAGUAAGUUUACUCGAUAACACCAAUGAAAAUAACAAUGAAUGUAAUGAUAAAUCAGUAAAUAUCGACUCCAACAACACCAAUUUCAUAACCAUCAAAAAGGAUGGAAAGAAGUUGUAUUCAAGAAUCAUUGACCACAUUCUUUCAGAUGAUAGACCCAAUUUUAUGAACACUAAAAUUAUUCAUCAAUCCAGCUCAUCAUUAACUUUAAGUUUAAAUUUACCACAUUGCAUAAACUGUAUCAUUGAUCCAGAUUUCUCUGUAUUAUUAUCAUCAGAUUACAAAUCUUCAUGCAAAUCUAAAAGUUAUAUUUUACCAGUAGCCAUCGUUGUACCAGUUGUAGGGGUUGCUUUAAUAGUAACCACAGUCCUUUUAAUAAAACACAAACAAGGAUCUGCUCUCUUAAAAAUGAAAUUAUCCAGUUUCUUUGGUAGAAAAUAUUAA